AUGUCAGCGCUUAAUGAGAACAGUGCCAGCGCUAACGCCAACGCCCGAGCCGACGCCAGCCCAGUAACAACAUCAGCAUCAGCAUCAGCAGCGGCAGCAGCGACUGUUGCCAAUAGUAAAAGCCCCGCCACAACGACCACAAUGUUAGCCACAAAAACGCCAUUUUCCAUUGAGCAUAUAUUAUUUCAAAAUUUAAAUACAGCCAGCAACAACAACAGCCAUAACAAAAACAACAACAAUAACAGUAGCAACAACAAUCAAAAGUUCAACAAAUAUACAGUGAAAAGUGCCAGAAGUAGUGGCAGUUCCAAUACAAAUGCCAAUAACAAUUCCAUCUCGACAUCAAGUGCCAGUGCAUAUGAUAAUAAUAAAUAUCCAAGUGCCACAUCUGCGACGGUGUCCAAUCGACCAGCAAUCAGUCCCAGCCAUUCAACGUCGGCGUAUGCCAGCGAGGAUUAUGUAAAGUCCUUGCACAGCCAACGUGCCCAUCAACAACGUGCUGCCGCCUCACAUUAUGGGCAUCCGUCUUCUGGACCAAACUCAGAAUCGAAUUUAUCACAAAUGACGUCUGGACCUGCCGCACCUCCAGCCCCACCACCGCCGCCACCGCCGCCAGCACCUACAGGAAGUGGACCAAGUGGAGUUCUGUACCCUAGUGCAGGCUAUAGUGAUCACGGCUUCCUGCAAAUGACACUGGGAUAUCUGUCGCCAUCGUCGGGCACAUACAAGUCGGUGGAUCCCUACUUUUUGUCCCAAGCCAGCUUGUUCGGAGGAGCGCCUUUCUUUGGGGCGCCUGGCUGUGUGCCGGAGCUGGCGCUGGGUCUUGGCAUGGGUGUGAAUGCAUUACGUCAUUGCCGACGGCGCAAGGCACGCACUGUGUUCAGUGACCCGCAGCUGUCGGGUCUGGAGAAACGUUUCGAGGCGCAGCGAUAUCUAUCGACACCGGAGCGAGUGGAACUGGCGACGGCGUUAGGACUGAGUGAGACACAGGUCAAGACGUGGUUCCAGAACCGUCGCAUGAAGCACAAGAAGCAGCUGCGACGACGCGACAAUGCCAAUGAGCCCGUUGACUUCUCACGCACAGAGCACAGUGGCAAGCAUCAAAAUGAAGCCUCCAACGGAUCUGGCUCCACAGACUCCAAGCAAUCCAAGCUGGCAAUGGGUGGGUCACAACCUUCAACCACCCAACAGCAGCAGCUGAAAAUGUGCUUCCUGCAACAUGGCUACUCAACGGAUGACUACUCUGAUUUGGAGGCCGACAGUGAGGAUGACGAUAACUCCAGCGAUGUGGACAUUGUGGGAGAUACCAAAUUAUAUCAACUUACAUAGGUCACAGCUAGCUCUAGAUUGUCAAUAAGUUGACCAUAUUCAGACAU